AUGCGCAUAGUCCCCCCCGCCUCCUACACCAGCACCUUCAAAGCGACGAACACAUCGGCGCCCUCGGCGCCGGGCAUCCACGACACACUCCGGCACGGCGUCGGGCCGUCCCCUGCUGGUGGUGAUUCCUCGUCCCCCGCGCCCCCCGUCUCGCGCCACCCGCUCGAGGCGCGCCUCAAGGCGUGGGAGUCGACGCAAGAGGCCCUGCGCAUGGAGACCCUGCGGCGCACCUUCGGCAUGGCCGAGCCCAUCCGCCGCGGCAUGGAGCUCAAGAUCGUCCGCGACGGCCAGUGGCGGCCCCAGGCCCUGGGCGGCGGGCCCGGCGCCCGCAGCGUUCACGAGGAUAUCCUCCGCGGCCGGGACGCCACUCUCGACUGGGAGGACGUCUUUACCGGCGAGGAGCAGCGCGCCGCCGUCUCCGUUCACGACGAGAUGGAGCGGAAGCUGAAGAUCCAGGAUAUGUAG